ACUGACCAGAUCCUGCCUGCUCCUCCCUCUGCACCCAGGGGCGUCCGGCACAACCUUUCCUGGGAUGUCCAGGCGCUGGGCUUUCUGUCUGGAUCACCACCCCCACCCCCUGCCCUCCUUCACUGCCUGAGCACAGGUGUGCCUCUGCCCAGAGCUUCUCAGCCCUCAGCCCACAUCAGCCCACGCCAACGGCGAGCCAUCACUGUGGAGGCCCUCUGUGAGAACCCCUCAGGCCCAGCACCACCCUACAGCAUUUCCAACUUCUCCAUCCACUUGCUCUGCCAACACACCAAGCCUGUCAUUCCACAGCCCCCUCCCAGCACCAUUGCCAUCUGCCAGACCGCUGUGUGGUAUGCAGUCUCGUGGGCACCAGGUGCCCAAGGCUGGCUACAGGCCUGUCAUGACCAGUUUCCUGAUGAGUUUUUGAAUGCGAUCUGUAGUAACCUCUCCUUUUCAGCCCUGUCUGGCUCCAACCGCCGCCUGGUGAAGCGGCUCUGUGCUGGCCUGCUCCCACCCCCUACCAGCUGCCCUGAAGGCCUGCCCCCUGUUCCCCUCACCCCAGACAUCUUUUGGGGCUGCUUCUUGGAGAAUGAGACUCUGUGGGCUGAGCGACUGUGUGGGGAGGCAAGUCUACAGGCUGUGCCCCCCAGCAACCAGGCUUGGGUCCAGCAUGUGUGCCAGGGCCCCACCCCAGAUGUC